AUGGACCAAGCUGAGAUUGAAGCCUCGCGGGUUCAGUACCCUCCACAGCCUGAGGUCGAGUUCGGCCUCCCGAGGGAAUGCUACUGUGGUGGCGAACCGCUUUUAGCCACAUCAGUCAUAAGGAAUGAUCCGGGGAGAAGGUACUACACCUGUCGGAACGUCGAGGACGGAGACUGCCACGUUUGGAAGUGGUGGGACGUCGCGGUAAUGGAGGAGGUGAGAUGCAUGGGUACGCAAGUUUUUCAGCUCUCUGAUAAGGUAGACCAUCUAGCAUCUUUGAGUGACUAUGAGUCAGAAGUAAACCAGGUAAGAGAUAUCAAUUAUGAGAUGGUGCUGAAGUUGGCUGAGCUUGAGAAGAUUGUUGGUGACUUACCUAGAACUGGUAAUAGGCAUGGCUUUGAACUCGUAGUAGGUGUGAUGUUCUUUGUAGUACUGAUAAUAGUCAUGGUCAUAAUGUUUAAGUAG